CAAAGAAUGCCAUGGUGAACCAAGCUGAGAAAGAACUUUUUACUAACAAAAGAACGAUAAAGAAAGAGUGGGAGAGAGAUGAAAAUGAUGCAAGAGGAAAACCGAAAAGGUUCAUGGACAGAACAGGAGGACAUACUUCUGGUAAAUUUCGUUCACUUAUUUGGAGACCGACGAUGGGAUUUUAUAGCAAAAGUAUCAGGUUUGAACAGAACAGGAAAGAGUUGCAGGCUAAGGUGGGUUAAUUACCUACACCCUGGUCUCAAACGUGGGAAGAUGACCCCUCAAGAAGAGCGCCUUGUCCUUGAGUUUCACGCAAAGUGGGGAAACAGGUGGUCAAAAAUAGCUAGGAAAUUGCCGGGACGAACCGAUAACGAGAUAAAGAAUUACUGGAGGACUCACAUGAGGAAGAAGGCUCAAGAAAAGAAGCGUCCUGCGUCACCAACUUCCUCAUUUUCCAACUGCAGCUCUUCAUCUAUGACCACUACCACCACCAACACUCAAGAAACAUCGUGCCACUCUCGUAAAUCUUCAGGGAAAGUGAGCUUCUACGACACUGGAGGAUCCCGAUCCACGGGGGAUAUGAUGAACCAAGAAACCGAAGAUGUAUACUCAAUGGAUGACAUAUGGAGAGAGAUUGAUCACUCCGCGGUAAACAUAAUAAAACCAGUUAAAGACAUCUACUCAGAACAAAGCCAUUGCUUAAGUUACCCAACUCUGGCUUCUCCAACAUGGGAAAGCUCAUUGGAUUCUAUAUGGAACAUGGAUGCAGAUCAAAGUAAGAUGUCGUCUUCUUUUGCAAAUGAUCAGUUCCCUUUCUGUUUCCAACACAGUAGAUCGCCAUGGUCCUCAGGUUAAAAUUAAGAUUUAAUUCAUUGAGAUAUAUAAAUCUGUUUUAUACAUGUUAUAUAUAACUUAUAAAUAAAAUAAAUCCUAACGACUGUAAUAAUUUUGUUUGAUGAACACAAAAACAUCCCAAGUCUGGACUCUGUAAUCAUCCCAUAUAUGUGUGGUAAGUAACUAGCCUAAGUUUGUUUCUAGAUGAAUAAGAAUGAAGUCUUGUGAUCCCA